GGGCAGAGGGUGGCAGUGGCCGUAGUCGCGGACAGAACCUGUGUGUGAUUCCUUUGUGCCCUGGUUGUUUUUUCCCGGGGCCCUCCUGGUGGCUGGGUCUCAGGAGGCAGUCUCUGCCCGUGGGCUGUGGCCCCGGGACCUGUCCGCUGGCCCGCUGGGUGCCCUCCGCUGGGUGGCUCCAGAGUGACACUGCCUUGGCCUCCUCUCUCUCGCCUGCCCAUAGUCUCCUGUCCCUGCCUUCUCCCCAGAGGAAGCUUCAGAUCCUCCCCAGCACCCUCGGACCGCUGACGAUUUCUGUUUGCCCUGGAAAUGUUCCGGAGAGUCUGUGAACACAAAACACAUGCCCGCCUGGGAGUGACUCCGUGUCCUGUCCUGAGCCUGCCCACCCAUCCUACUCCGCCUGGGCCUGAGGUCGAUGUGGAAGGAGUGCAAGACCCCCAGCAUGAAAGGAUCAUCACCGUGUCUGCCAAUGGGACCAUUCACAGCCCCAGGUUCCCUCAUGCUUACCCGAGAAACAUGGUCUUGGUGUGGAGACUGGUAGCGGUGGAGGAAAACAUGUGGAUACAGCUUACCUUUGACGAGCGAUUUGGGCUGGAGGACCCGGAAGACGACAUCUGCAAGUAUGAUUUUGUAGAAGUCGAGGAGCCCAGUGAUGGAAGUGUGUUAGGACGCUGGUGUGGCUCGGGUGCUGCCCCGGGAAAGCAGAUCUCGAAAGGAAACCAGAUCCGGAUAAGAUUUGUAUCCGACGAGUACUUCCCUUCAGAGCCGGGGUUCUGCAUCCACUACGGAGUCGUUCUGCCGGUCACAGAGGCGGCCAGUCCCGCGUCGCUGCCCCCCUCGGCUCUGCCCCUGGAGCUGCUGGACAACGCCGUCGCGGCCUUCGGCACCUUGGAAGAGCUCAUUCGCUAUCUGGAACCAGACAGGUGGCAGCUGGACCUGCAGGAUCUGUACCGGCCCUCUUGGCAGCCCCUGGGCAAGGCUUUCGUUUUCGGAAGGAAAUCCAAAGUGGUGGACCUGAACCUCGUAAAAGAGGAGGUGAGAUUGUACAGCUGCACCCCUCGGAACUUCUCGGUGUCCAUACGGGAAGAACUGAAGAGAACGGAUACCAUUUUCUGGCCAGGUUGCCUCCUGGUGAAACGCUGCGGUGGAAACUGUGCCUGCUGCCUCCACAGUUGCAACGAAUGUCAAUGUGUGCCCAGCAAAGUCACAAAAAAAUACCACGAGGUCCUGCAGUUGAGACCCAAGGCCGGCGUCAGGGGGCUGCACAAGUCGCUCACCGACGUGGCCUUGGAGCACCACGAGGAGUGUGGCUGCGUGUGCAGAGGGCGCGCCGGGGGAUAGCGGUGUC